AUGAGAAUCCCCUUCAAGCCCAUUGCCCUCGGGGCGGUCGCCUCCGCGCCCUUCCCCAGGUAUCCCUACAGCAACAGCUCGGCGCCGCCGACCAUCGUCAUGUCAACGACGGGUCAGAUCACCGUCGCCGCGUACACGGGCUCCGCCUUCACUCCCCUGCUCAACGCCUCCGUCCCCGGCGCGCCCACCUGGGUCGAGUUCGUCGAGCCCAACAAGCUCUACGCCGUGGACGAGUGGUCCAGCGACAUCUACCUGUACCAUCUAAACCUGCCGGCCGCCAACAGCACCAGUGUCUCCCUCAGCGAGCCCGUCGCCAAGGCAUCGGGCUCGCUCGCCUCCGUCCACUUGGCCUUCAACCAGGACAACACUCGCAUGGUCUCGGCAGCCUACGGCGGCGCCGCUGUCGACAUCUGGGACACGACCGCCGACCAGCUCCGCCUUCUCACCACCAUCAACUCGACCGGCAAGACGGGUCCCGUCUCACCAAGCCAGGACGUCGCCCACCCCCACCAGUCCACCAACGAUCCCUCUGGUCGCUGGUUCGUCGUCAACGACCUCGGCACCGACGACAUCCUCCUCAUCGACUCCCUGGAUGACGCAUGGACACUCACCAGCACCACCGCCACCCCAGCUGGCUGCGGCCCCCGUCACGGCACCUUCUACCCCCACGACGCAGCCGCCGACGAGGCGACGCACUACUUUGUCGCCUGCGAGCUGAGCAACCAGGUCCUCGCGUACACCGUCACCUACACCGAGGCCGCCCUUGAGCUCACCCUCGCCCAGGAGAUCAGCACCUUUGUCGACGGGACAGCCCCCAAGGGCGCCGCGGCCGGCGGCAUCGCCCUGUCCCCCGACAACGCUCACCUCUACGUGUCCAACCGUCUCACGGGCGCGCCCUCGGACACCAUUGCCACCUACGCCAUCUCCCCCGCCGAGGGGACUCUCGAGAUCCUCGAUGAGACCGAGACAGGUGGUGUACUUCCACGCAUGUUCUCCCUCUCGCCAGCGGGGACUGAGCUCUUUGUCGGCAACCAGAACGGCCCCGUCGGGGCUGCCGCGUUCAAGAGGGCGGCGGACGGUCGCUUGGCGGCCACGCCCGCGGCCAAACUGCCCCUGGCAGACUUUGGCGGCGUGCAGGGCAAGGGGCCUGCCUGCAUCAAGCAGAUCCGUCCUCUGUAG